AUGUUCCGCAGUUUGACCCGAAUCACUGGACGUUCUCUAUAUCGUGAUAAAUAUGCAAUGAGCAUCUUUGAGAACUCAAAUCUGCAGAAGUUGUUUCCUCCGGAAAAUCGACUGGUCAUAGAUACUGGCUCGGUGCAGUUUCAAAACAAUCGUAUGCUGUGCUAUUUCCGCAUAAAAGAGUUGAUGGUGAAAUUGGGACGUGAUCAAGAGAUGUCGGAAGAGGAUCAAAGUCUUAGCUACUACAGCAACGGCGACAAAGCAAUCUGUGAGGAAUCGUCCUUCAACCUCACCGUUGUGGAAAGUGCUGUAUCACAGACAGCGUUUACAUUACGGUGGCCGGCUCUCAAUACUUCGGAUAUUGACCAUCGAAAGUUCCUCGGAUAUGAUAUCAUGUACAAGGAAGUAGCGUGGGCGGACCCAAAUUUAUCGAUAGAUGAUGACAGGUCUUCGUGUCAGGAUACAGAUUCGUGGUACUACCAUUUUGAAGGGGUGAAUGACAACAUCGAACGCAUCAAUGGUACUGGUCCAGAGUACGUCACAGCGAUGAUUGGAAAUAGUCACAUCAAGCCACAUACUCUGUAUGCUGCAUAUGUCACGACUAAGAUGGUCCGUCACCAGGGGGCUCGGAACGCUGUGUCAAAUAUCGCAUUCGUUCGUACUCGUUUUGCAGUUCCGGACCCACCACGAAUCACAAAAGCUGAAGCACUUGGGAUUGAUGAGAUUCUGUGA